AUGCUACACAAGAAAGCCCGACCAGGGUUCGUGAAAUUUAUCAAAACGUCCGCCAAAACGUUGAUUGUUGUCGAAGCAAUUCUGUUCGCUGUCUCGUAUGGGGGCUGGCACCGACUGAACACGAAUCGAGAGUUUCGAUACUACGUGAAGGAAAACUAUCCCAGCAUUUUGGAAGCCUACUAUCAGCUGGGUGAAACGUUUGGUGGGGACAAAUCGAUACGCGCGUUCGACGAAAACAUUUGGCAGCAAGAGCAGCAGGCAGAAAAGUAG